AUGGAUACCAAAGGUAGCCAAAAUCCUUCCUCUGCCAAUCUGAACACUAUUCCUUUAUCUGAAGAAGGAGUUGUAUACAUUGCCAUUAAGGGCUCCCUACAUGCAUCUGACUGCUCUGUCUUUGGAUUAGGCGAUGACGAAAUAAGAGCACUGACUAAAAAAUACCCAGGAUCUGGAGUUGUUGUAAAUGGAGUUGCCAUUAAAACUAAUGUGCUACAUGCUAUAAACUCAUUAUCCCAGCUGGGCUACAAAAUAAUCUCAAGCACUGGAGAAAAUGAGAUCACCUGGACUCUUCAGCGUGAGCUGUAA